ACUCAUUUUUCCAUUUUUCUACUUCUCCGUACUGGAAAGCAAUCAUCUCGAGAUCAAUUACCAAUCUUUCUGUCAAGCGUCGCAAGAGUGCCUGCAUUUAGACUUGAGACUACCAGUAUGAGUGCUUUGGACGACUUGUUUGGUGCCUUUGACGGCGAGGAAGUGUCGUCGAAUGACAAUGGCGGCAAGGAAAGUGAAGAAAAGAAAUCGGAGAGUAGUGGCGUUGCGUCAUCAACGGCGAACGAUGCGGCAAAGGACACUGUGAUGGAAGAUACGGAUGAAACGAAAAAAGAUUCUCCUGGAAAAAGUACAGCCUCCCUCUUUACAUCUGUCAUGUCCAAGGGAUUUUCGUCUAGCCAUGCCACCGAUGACGCAAAGGCAAAGCACGCACACGAACCAAAGAAGCCUGUGGAGGACAAAUCAGGGCUGCUCAAAAAGGGAGAAAUUUCCACGGGAACUUCACACGACAAGUCUGUCAGAUCCUAUUCUGCUUAUCCCAAGAAUGCCUCCUCCUUGAAAGGAAAACAAAAUGUGCCGCCUGACGAGAAACCUGCGAGAACUUAUCCUUUUGAAUUGGAUCCUUUCCAAAAACAGGCCAUUGAAUAUAUCAAGAGAAAUGAAUCGGUUUUGGUGGCUGCUCACACUUCUGCUGGAAAGACCGUCAUGGCUGAAUAUGCCAUUGCCAAGUCGCUCAAGGCGGGUCAGAGAGUUGUCUAUACGUCUCCCAUCAAGGCUCUCAGCAACCAGAAAUUCAGAGACCUCCAGGAGGAAUUUGGGGAUGUUGGACUAAUGACUGGAGAUAUCACAAUCAACCCAUCGGCUACGGCUCUGGUCAUGACUACAGAAAUCCUUCGAUCCAUGCUGUAUCGGGGAUCUGAGCUGAUGAGGGAGGUUGCCUGGGUUAUCUACGAUGAAGUUCAUUACCUUCGUGAUUCGGAGCGUGGUGUCGUGUGGGAAGAAUCCAUCGUUCUUUUGCCGCAUUUUGUUCGAUUUGUAUUUUUGAGUGCGACAAUCCCCAAUGCUUCACAGUUUGCAGAUUGGAUUGCAGCCAUCCAUCACCAGCCUUGUCACGUUGUCUACACCAACUACAGGCCAACACCACUGCAGCAUUUUGUUUUUCCUGAAGGCGGAGAUGGGCUCCACCUGGUGGUCGACGAACGAGGCAAGUUUCGAGAAUCAAACUUCCAACGAGCCAUGGCAACGCUCCAAUCAACAGAUGUCACAACCGCUGCUGUCGAUGCAGUGGCUGCCUCUGGGAAUGGCAGAAAGCGGAAACGUGGCAGUAGCAAUGGGAAAAAAGCUGGCGGACAAUUCGCUGACCUGAAACGGAUUGUGAGUCUCAUUAUGAGCCGAAACCUUAGCCCCGUGAUUGUCUUUUCAUUCUCAAAAAAAGACUGCGAAAGGUACGCCUUGGCAUUGAACAAGGAAGACUUUACAGACGAUGUGGAAAAAGACCUCGUAACGCAAGUCUACACAAACGCAAUUGGCUCCUUGAGUGAAGACGAUCGCAAACUCCCGCAGGUCGAGGCAUUGCUCCCCCUGUUGAAGCGAGGCAUUGGGAUCCAUCAUGGUGGGUUGCUCCCCAUUCUCAAGGAGGUUACCGAAAUCCUCUUUUCUGAAUCUCUUGUCAAAGUACUCUUUGCGACGGAAACUUUCUCCAUUGGGAUCAAUAUGCCAGCCAAGACUGUUGUGUUCACCAACACGAGGAAGUGGGAUGGGAAGGACUUUAGAUAUGUCACCACCGGAGAGUACACACAAAUGUCGGGAAGAGCUGGACGAAGAGGAAAGGACUUGAAGGGUAUCGUGAUCCAAAUGGUGGAUGAGAAGAUGGAGCCCACAGCUUGUAAAGAUAUGUUGUAUGGGCAGACUGAGACCCUCAACUCAUCAUACAAAAUCUCCUACAAUAUGCUGUUGAAUUUGAUGCGCGUCGAAGACGUUGAUCCGGAGUAUAUGUUGAGAGCCUCGUUCUAUCAAUUCCAGAGAGAGCAGGAUGCCCCUGCGCUGGUGUUACGAGCCGAGGAACUGGAGAAAGAAGCGAGUCAGGUCUCUGUAGGGGAGCCGGAGGAAGCCCAACUGGCACUGGAGUUUCACCAGAUGGAUCAACAGCUACUGGUAACAAGGAAAAAGAUCAAAGGCAUUGUGCACAAGCCGCAGUAUAUUUGGAAAUUCUUGCAACAACCUGGGAGAAUCCUGGAGGUCGUCAUUGACGGAGAGUCUUUUGGAUGGGGAGCUCUCGUGUCAUUUCAGAACAACCCAGGGGCAGACACUGGAAAAGAGUCAGACCCUUCGUUCACACUUCGCGUCUUGCUGAUGUGUGCUAGGCAGUCGGCGGAAGAAGAAGGAGACGAAAAGGAGAACGAAAGUGAGACCAGAUAUCGUCCCGGAAGAAUCGGGACAGACGACAACAAAAUCAUCGAAAUGCGCGAAUUUAUGAUCGGACACGUCAACGUAGAAAAGAUAUCGGCUGUUCGGAUCAUCAUGCCUCAAGAGGUCGCGACCUCUGCGGGGAGGAAGAAGGUGGAGCUAUCUCUUCGAGAACUCCAGAAGCGUUUCCCCAAUAACACCAUUCCCCUUUUGGACCCAGUGAAAGAUAUGGGUGUCACCGACGCUGCCCUGCAAACGCUGCUCAAUCGAGCUCAAGCACUUUGCGACCGGCUGUCGGAGCACAAGCUGGCAACCGAUUUCAGCGAAAGCAAGCGCGAAGAACUGUUGACAGCUUGCGAGACGAAGAUGGAUCUCGAAGAGCAAGCAAAUGUUCUGCGAGAGGAAGCUCGGGCAUGUCAAGUGAUAGACAUGAAGGAUGACCUGAAGAAGAUGAAAAGAGUGCUCAAGCGUUUGGGGCACGUCGACGUAAACGGCGUGAUCCAAACGAAGGGUCGAUGUGCUUGUGAGAUAAAUACGUCAAACGAACUGGUAGUUGUGGAAAUGAUCUUCACUGGAGUCUUCAAUGACCUUAGUCCGGAGCAGAUUGCGACACUCCUUUCUUGCAUGAUCUUCGACGAACGCGCAAAGGAAGACGAUGGUUCGAGCGGACUCAAGCCAUUUCUUCUGAAGCCGUUCCAAAAGCUCAGGGAAGUGGCCAAAACCAUUGCACUUGCGCAAAGUGCAUGCGGCAUUGAGACCGAUGCUGAUGAGUUCGUGCAGGCAUUCAAUCCUGGAAUGAUGGAAGCAGUGUACGCCUGGACGAAAGGUGCAAAGUUCGGGGAGGUUCAGAAGCUCACGGGCUCCUUCGAAGGAACAACAAUUCGCACUCUCAGACGUUUAGAGGAGUUGAUUCGACAAAUUGCAAGUGCCACGAAAGCAAUUGGGAAUUUCGAGUUGAUGGCAAAGUUCGAGAAAGCAGGGGAGAUGAUCAAACGAGACAUUGUGUUCUGCAACUCGCUGUACCUUUGAGUGAACGUCCGAUUGCUUAAUAAUAAUAAUAACGGAGUCCUUUACGAGUU